GCCAUCUUGAGUUAGAGCGGUAUUGUGGUGGACGAGCAGAUAAGCAGACACUUGUUUGUGUGACAACAGUCUUUUUUCACGAACAGCACCAUGGCUCUCAGUGAUGCUGAUGUUCAGAAACAGAUAAAGCACAUGAUAGCUUUCAUUGAACAAGAGGCAAAUGAAAAGGCUGAAGAAAUUGAUGCAAAGGCUGAAGAAGAGUUCAACAUAGAGAAAGGUAGAUUGGUUCAACAACAGCGUGUGAAAAUUAUGGAAUACUAUGAGAGGAAAGAAAAACAAGUUGAACUUCAGAAAAAAAUUCAGAGCUCAAAUUUACUGAACCAAGCAAGGCUGAGAGUACUGAAGUGCAGAGAGGACCACAUUAAGGGUAUGUUAGAGGUUGCCAGACAGCGACUUGGACAUGUAACAAAAGAUCAGGCCAAAUAUGGUAAAGUCUUGGAGGGCUUGAUUGGUCAGGGCCUGACACAGUUGUUGGAACCCAAUGUGACAAUCCGCUGUCGAGAGCAAGAUCUUGAUUUAGUUAGAAAUGCAGUUAAUAACUGUAUACCAGUAUACAAGGCUUCCUCUGGUAAAGAUGUAAAGAUCAGUGUCGACACUGAAAACUACCUUAGCCCUGAUAUAUCUGGAGGUGUGGAAUUACUGGCUCAGUAUGGAAAAAUCAAAGUAGAGAAUACCUUGGACAGUAGACUAGACCUUAUUAGCCAACAGAUGUUGCCGGAAUUACGUGAAAUCUUGUUUGGUGCCAACCCAAACCGAAGGUUCAAGGACUAGUGCUAUACAUAGUGUCUACCAGUCAUUUUAGAUUGAAUAAAGGGACCAAGAUUUAGGCUAGUGUUAACAGAGGUAGUUCCGACAUACAGUACAUUAGGAACCUCCAGGGUGUGCGAGUCUUAGAUAGUAUCGGCUGAACAGUGGGUCAUUUGUACACAAGUUUGGCCAGAGUUUACAUAAAGAGUACCUUAGAGUGACCGGAAAUUUAGUGAUGUGUACCUAGAGUCUGGGCUACUCCAGCACCACAGUAUUAGGGAAACAUCCUGACUGUAACUUGAUAUUACCAUUCAUGUUGAUCAGGUUAAAACAGCUUAGUUAUCUGUAUAACCGCUUAAUUUCAAGAAUAUAUAUAUAUAUAAAUAUGUACAUCAUUCAGAGCGUUUAAUUUUGGCAUAAUUAGACUGAUCAGUUGUAUUUUAUAUUUUGCUGUGGCAAGCAGAAGAAUUGUGCAUUGGCUUAAUAUGUAAAUGCAUCAGAGUGAACAGUGAUCUGUCAAAACUAUACACAUAUGUCAUAAGUCAAGUUAUGCCAUUUGUACAUACCAUUUAAGUUAUGCGUCUUUGUUACAAUAUGUUGAUGUUGAUUUGAACAGUAAUUUUUUUUUUGCUUUGGUUUUUUUGCUAUCUAGUGCUGUAUAUAAUUUUGCUUUGCUAUGUUGUAUAUGAUUACUGGUGCUUUGCUUUUCAUAUUCAUUUUACAAGCUUUCUGGAAACCAGUUUGCUGGAUUUUCAAGACUACUGACCUGACGACCUUUGUAAAAUGGCUGUCAUCCGUGUGCCCUGUAUGGCUAUCAUCCGUGUGCCCUGUAUGGCUAUCAUCCGUGUGCCCUGAACUUCCUCCACACUUCUCAUAUACUUUCACUGAGCAAGAAUGUUAGUUUUAACAGUGUAGAAAUUCCUUGCUAAGAUAUUAUAUUUCUGUUACUUCUUAAUUGUGGGUAUGUAAUAUUCCAUGUAUAAUUGUAUAUGUACAUAUCUGUAAACACUGACUACUUUAAUAAGCCAUUUCACGUAUGGAUGCAAUGGACGUACAGUGUGUUGGAUUAAAUUUAAGUCUGUGCUUAGUUUUCUACAGGUUGUUCUGGAGGUGUAUCUGAUUGGUAGGGCUUGGUUCCUAAGUGUUCGUCAUAUAAGCUUUGCUUUACUAGCCAGUAUACAGUUGCUUUACCCAAGAAAAAUAGUUCCUGUUCGCUGCCAGUGUCUUGAUGAUUACCUCCUGAUUUUUUUAGUUCAGCUGGUCAUGAUUCAUGAUCAAAGGCAAUAGUAGUGUCACGCUGUCAAUUGGAUAGGUCUCCAGGAGAAAGGGAGGUAACUCAGACCACUGUGAGGCUUGCAGCUGCUUUCUGCCAUGUUGAUAUUACACAUGUAUAGCUUUGUAUUAACUAUCAAUCACAGAAUUAAUCAUCCCCACCAUCCCACUAUGUGUUCUCCAGUUGACAGUCAUUUGUUCACUGAUGCCUUUACAUUACUGGUAUGCAUUUGUUAAGUGUAGUGCUUGUAAAAUGUUCAAUACUUUGUCCAGUUUGUGUAGAAGGAAUUACAAUAUCUGAAUUUCCUUAAUAUGUAUGUAAAUGACAAAUCUGUGAGGAAAUGGGGAUAAUUACCACUUUCUGCUAAUUGUAAACAUUUAUGACAAAACUUAAGUUACCCAAUAAAGAUGAGAUAAUUGAAUUGUGUUUUAUUAAGUGAUAUUUGCUGCCCUCUAGGAAAUCAAACUGCCAAUUAACUGUGUUUUCUUUGUCUGACAGUAUCAAGACUGUGUUGACUCUGGUUUAGAAAUUAGUGAUCACAUUGAGACCAAAGAUAUUCAUUUAAGCUCAAAUGAUCUUUGAAGAUGGGAAAUGUCAUGAAUGUAGUGCUGGUGUAUUUUUUGGCUGGUGGGGUUGGUGUGGAUGGGUGGGUAGAAUCACUGGAGAACGCUUACUUCAUCAGUUUGCUUGAAGUUUAACAUUGUUUCCAAGAUUGUUUCGGAGGCUGUAACUUUUCUGCCAUAUUGAAGGCUAUACCACAUUUUAACCUUUGCUAACAUAUCUAAUGCUGCGUGAUAAAUAUCUGUUCUGAUCGAAAAGACCUGUCUAAGAAUAUUUUUACACUGACUACAUGGACAUGACAUGUUAAGUAAUAAAUGGCAUGUAUGUGGACGGCAAGACUUCAGGUGUUUGCACAAAUAAGACAGUGGUCCUUAUACAAAAAUUGUUUCCUAUACAAAUAUUGUAUAAUUGAUAGGGGAAAAAAAGAAAAAGCUGAAAAUGAUCGUACAAACAUAUAUUGCAUUAUGUAAACAGAUUAUGCUGAAAUUUCACUAUUUAGCUGUGAGAAUGAUCUCCCUUACAUUGGACCUGUGUAUCAUGAGAGUCACUA